GCUCUAUAAGGCUAUUCAAAUAAACCUGCCUGGCAAACUCUCGUUAGCAGUCAGGAAGUGACCCUCUUUAAGUCGUUUGUUUUGAUUCCGACUAGCAGAAGCAGCUACAUUACUAGAAUAGACAUUAAAACACAGCUUUGAGGGUUUUUUUUUUUACUGUGUCAGUUUUCAGCAUUGACAAUUUUACAUAAGAAGUUGAGCUGCGUGAUUCUGGCAUUAUUAUUUGACGGCGGCAACUACUUUCGACACAGCAGGACGUUGUUUCGAAGACCUUCUGCUGUGGAAACUCGGCAAACUUUAGUGAACACGGGUGGUCCAGGCAGGGGAGAUUGUCCUGCCUGGUCUAGCACUGUCUCACAUGUCUUCUGUGUAAACUUUACCUAGUAACGACUUUUUGUACACGAUACUAAAUAGUGAAAAUGCUUAGGUAGGGACCGAAAACUCAGUAAUCGACAGUGUGGUGUUUGAAUAUUCCCCGAUUUAAAGCUUCUACGGCCGGUGUUUUUAGUUUAGUGUUAAAUCCCGGAGCUCCGUGUGCCUGCUGAAACACCAGUUUUCUAUGGCUGUCUUCCUCCAGCGCGGCUGUAAUCUCCCGAACUCAUCACAACACAGCUGAGAUUUGUCACGUAUCUGGGUGAAAUAAGAGAAUGUGAAUAUAUCAAUUUGAAACCAUCAGAAAUGAUUGUGGUUAUGGCAAUCAUCGAAAGCACAGAGAAACACAAACAAGUAGAUUGGAGGUAAUCAGACACAGGUGGAUAACAUGAGCAAUGACAAGAAAAGGGAUUUGAAACAGCAUCCUCAACAACACUAUCUUAACCCACAAGCAGUUCAAGAUCCAGUCACACAUCCUCAGGAACCAGUCAGCUCGUCCAUGCUUCCAGGAGAUUUUGGCAAGAUGCACUUGACGGACCACGCACAUCUGCCAGUGAUGCCAGUACCAUCCAGCCAAUCAGGCUGCAGCAUUGGCAGUGAUUCAGCGAGCAGUAGCUUAUCAGAUAUAUACCAUGCCACAGAGAGUGAAGUUGGUGACAUGGAUUUGUCUGGGCUCCCUGAGGCACCUGUUGAUUCAGAUGAUGAGUAUGAGGAAGAUGAAGAACUUGAGCAUGCUUCAGACCCUUUGCUUGGCCGAGAUGUGGUUAGGGAGUGUUUGGAGAAGGAGCCAGCCGAGCGCAAUGAUGACGACAUUGAGCUGCUCCUAGAUUUCAUGCAUCAGCUGCCAGCAUUUGCCAACAUGACCAUGUCAGUGAGGAGAGAGCUGUGUACAGUCAUGGUCUUUAAGGUUGUAGAACAGGCUGGCACUGUCAUCCUGCAUGACAAACAGGAGUUGGACCAAUGGUAUGUUAUCCUGAACGGCGCAGUAGAGAUAAGUUACGGAGACAGCCGAACCGAGAUCCUCUGCAUGGGGAACAGCUUUGGAAUCUCUGCCUCCUUGAUGAAGCAAUGCAUGAAUGGAGAGGUGCGCACAAAAGGGGAUGACUGCCAGCUGGUGUGCAUCGCUCAGGAGGACUACUGGCGCAUCCUCAACCAUGUGGAGAAAAACAUGCACAAAGUGGAGGAAGAAGGUGAGAUUGUGAUGGUAAAGGAGUAUCGUGAGCUGGAUCGCAGUGGCACAUGCAAGGGCCACAUCGUCAUCAAGGGCACUCCAGAAAGGCUGAUUAUGCACUUGGUGGAGGAGCCUUCAGUAGUUGAUCCAACCUACAUUGAAGAUUUCCUCCUCACUUACCGCACGUUCAUUUCCACCCCGAUGGAUGUGGGCAAUAAGCUAUUAGAGUGGUUCAGAGUGGACAAUCUGAGAGACACGGUUACACGGAUAGUGUUGUUAUGGGUGAACAAUCAUUUUAAUGAUUUUGAAGGAAACCCUUCAAUGACACAGUUUUUAGAGGACUUUGAGAUGUUGCUGGAUGAAGCGAAAAUGAAUGGUCAUUUGCGUUUGCUAAACAUGGCCUCAGCAGCUAAAGCCAAGUUGCGUCAGGUGAUGCUGCAGAAGGCAAACAGAGACUCACCAUUGCCCUUUGGCCUGAUAGGAGGGAGCGAGAGAGGCUUCGGCAUCUUCAUAGACAAUGUGAAGGAGGACAGUAAGGCCAUAGAGGCUGGACUCAAAAGAGGAGAUCAGGUAAUAGAGGUUAAUGGCCAAAAUUUUGAAAACAUAUCUUACUCCAAAGCUAUGGACAUUCUAAGGAACAAUACUCACCUUUCUCUUACUGUAAAGAUGAACAUCUUUGUCUUCAAAGAGCUUCAAAACAAUGUGAAGCAUGACAAGAAGAAUGGAGCCCCCCAUUUUCCCAAAUUUUAUGAGAAGAAGGGCAACCGCUUUUCCAUUGCUGAGCUGCCAGGCGACAUGGAACUUCCUACCGACAGCAAGAAUCACAAGAAAAUGAAGGCCCACACAGUUUCAGCUGGACGCAACAAGAUACGCAAGAUGCUGGAGAAGACCAGGUUUAGCAUUCUACCUCCCAAACCCUUUAGUGAUUCAGGCAUAGGCCACUCUCAGGAUGACAGCAUUGUUGGCACAAAACAGUUGCGACACAGUGUGGCCAUCAUGCCAAUCAUGGGCAGUCUGUCCUCCAGCAGUCCUGAUUUACUACAGCCAACAACCAGCACACUAAGUUUCUCAAGCUCCACAGAUGUUCUAGAUCAAGUGAUACGUGUUUUCAGAGCAGACCAACAGAGCUGCUACAUCAUUAUCAGCAAAGACACAACAGCCAAGGAUGUGGUUUUGCAUGUAGUUAAGGAGUUUGGCCUCAUCGCUGCUCCUGAGACCUAUUCUCUGUGUGAGGUGUCAGUCAGUCCAGAAGGUGUCAUUAAACAGCGCCGUCUACCAGACCAACUGUCCAAACUGGCAGAUCGCAUCCAACUCAAUAGCAGGUACUACCUGAAGAACAACAUGGAAACAGAGACCCUCUGCUCAGAUGAGGAUGCUCAAGAGCUGCUGAGAGAGAGUCAGAUCAGUCUCCUCCAGCUCAGCACACUGGAAGUGUCUGCCCAGCUGUCUAUACGUGACUUUGGCAUCUUCCGGAACAUUGAGUCCACCGAAUAUGUGGACAGUCUCUUUAAGCUGAACUCCAGCAAUGGCCAUCUAAAACAGUUUGAGGACCUUAUCAAUGAAGAGACCUUUUGGGUUGCCACUGAGAUUUUGCAUGAGGCAAAUGCACUAAAGCGAAUGAAGACAAUCAAGCACUUCAUCAAAAUUGCACUGCAGUGCCGCGAGUGCAAGAACUUCAAUUCCAUGUUUGCCAUCAUAAGUGGUCUGAACCUUGCCCCAGUGGCCCGGCUACGAGGCACAUGGGAGAAGCUUCCCAGCAAAUAUGAAAAGCUCUUUCGAGACCUGCAGGAUAUUUUUGACCCUUCACGCAACAUGGCCAAAUACCGCAACAUCCUGAGCAGCCAAAGUAUGCAGCAGCCAAUUAUCCCUCUCUUUCCUGUGGUUAAGAAAGAUCUGACAUUCCUGCAUGAAGGUAAUGACACAAAUGUGGAUGGUCUUGUGAACUUUGAGAAGCUGCGAAUGAUUGCCAAGGAGAUUCGGCAUGUUGUGCAAAUGACCACCACCAGCAUGGACCCAGCAAUCAUGUUUCAUCAGAGGAAGAAGAGGUGGAAGAGUUUAGGGUCCUUGAGUCAGGGCAGCACCAAUUCCAACUUGCUGGAUAUGCAGGCUGGACAUAAGAAGCGUGUACAGCGCAGCUCGUUGCUAAAUGCCAAGAAGCUAUAUGAAGAUGCACAGAUGUCCCGUAAGGUCAGGCAAUACCUAGCCCAGCUGCAGGUGGAGACAGAUGAAGAGAAGUUCCAGAUUAUGUCUCUGCAGUGUGAACCAGCCUACAGUACCUUAUCCAAAAAUUUGAGUGAAAGGAGGUCCACCAAAUCUGACUUGUCUCCCGUGUUCACACGCUCAUCUUUGAUCUCUGGAAAGUCACACAAUCGUGUCUCCCAGGUCCUGCAGGUCCCCCCCGUCAGCCUCAAUCCCCUGCGGAAGAAGAGCAUUGCCAAAGACCUAAUGACUGCACACAGCUUCAGCUCACCACAGGUGAUGAAAAAAACAUCUUUUUUAGUAGAGGAGUACAGUGGAAAAGAAAAUGAUGGCCUUUCCUCCCUUCAUUCCAGUCCUACCGUGUCCCCCCAAGGUUCCCCGGGUAAAGUGGGAGUGACUGAAUUGCAGGACUGUAGUCAAAUGAACUUGCCAGGGUCGCUAUCAUCUCUUGCCAGUCAAGUCAAGGUCAAAGUGGGGAUCAGAAGCAUGCCAAUAGGGAACAAUGUCCAUAACGGCUAUGGCAUAGGCAACUUGAACAGCUUGGAUCCAAGCCUCAAUGAGAUUCCCUCACAUUCUAGCACAGUCAGGAUCUCAGCAGACUGCAUGCAUUCAACAAGAAAAGCCAGAAGCCAAAUACAGUCGGCAUCACUUCACACAGACUCUGAAAACUGCCAUCCCUGCACAAGUUUGUCCUUGGUGAGGAACUUGGUGACACAAGGUUCAAAAAUGACCUCCUCCACCAGCACUGAAGCCCUAACUUUGCCCAUUUCAGAGGUGGCUGACAGUGGCCGAGGAAGCUGGACAUCGAGCUCCAGCAACUCGCAUGACAAUAUCCAGAACUUUCAGGUUCAACGCAUGUCAAUGCAUGUUGAUAUGAUAAACUACCGGCAUCCUCAGAUGGCUGACAAUGUCACAGAUGUGGAUGAUCUUCAGGCCAUAAACAGACUUUUCAAAGAUGGCUCAGAGCUUAGUCAAUCCAGACAGAGCUGGGCUUCUUCCAGCUCAGUCAUAGACAUUUAUGAGGGAAACAACAGCACUAUUAAACACAGAGAGAUGGUCAAUGAGCAGCGAAACACAGACCCUGCAUGUAAAACAGUCACCUCCACCACCGAGAAAGGUCUCAUAGUGUAUUGUGUAACAUCACAAUGCAAAGAUGAUAGGUACAGGGCUCCGCCUCCUACCCCACCUGGUUAUCAAGGGCUGUCAUUGGGGGACAUGCAGACACGAGAGGGUGAAGCUCUGCGGCCAGCCUUCUUAAAGCCACCCAAAUAUAAUGUGGCAUUACAAAGGUCGAAGCUGUUGGGUGACACAUGGAGAUUGGCAGAUGGGCAUCACCCCAUCUUCACCAGGCCUGCCAGUGUAGCACCUCAUGCUGUAGCUAAUAGUGAGGAGGAGGAACAGGUGUCAGCGGUAUGACUCCAGUGAGUGUGUGCGGAAAAAAUGUGUACAGCUCUAUAACCUGAAUUCAUCUCUCCUCAACACCACCAAGCAAUGCUACAUGGACUUUGCAGCUUCUUAAAAUCUUUCUUUUUUAUAUCUUAAAAUUUUUUCUUCUUUUAAAUCACCAUGGUGUGAGAAAUCUCAAAAUCUUAGCACCAUAUGUAAUUCCUCCAAUUCUGUGAAGUAAAACUUUUUGUUUAUUUGACACUGUAGGUAUUUGAGAGGGAGAGAAUUUUCGUUCACUGGAGAGAGUAUUCUCUCCCUCUCACACCCCCACACUGGAAACAUACCCAAUGAACAAAACAAGUUUUGCUGGUUAUUUGUCUGGUGAUUUUAUCCCAUAAAAUGCUUUCCAUGAUAAUCCACCAAAAUAUAAUGCCUUCUAUAUCAAGAUCCUGUUUCUGGAUUUUAUUCAUUUAAUGUUUCAUUUUGUACUGAAAUGUCUCACCUUGAAUGUGUAUCAUAAUUUUGGAUAAAUUAUCUAUGUCUGUGCUUGGUUUUUAGACGUAUGAUAUUGCCUUACCACUAAUAGCAUCUCAGGCAAUCAUGAAUGCCAUCUCUUGAUGCAGUUGCUUCAGCUGCUCCAUGCACUGCUGACUGUAUGUCAAAUAAACUAAGCUUUACAAGUUUCUGAAGAUGUAAACUACUAAGCCUUUGCUGGAUUUUGCAGCUGUCUGCAAUGGCACUGUAAAAGUACAAGUGGGUAAAAAUGACAAGUUGAGCUUUUAGAUAAUGUAUUUGUUCAUAUUAUUCCUAUAUUUUACUGUGUCAUGCUGCAUUUUAUUUUUUUACAGCAACAAGAAAUAAGUAAAUACAGCAUCUUUAACUAAUCUCAUUUGUAAAUCA